GCGGGUCUGUAUGUGAACGAAGCUCCAUUGACGAAGGCGGCUCCAAAGAACGUUGAAUAUUCUGGAACACGAGUUUUUGAUUGAGGUAAGGAAGGAAUGCUGGGCGCAGUGCAAGCUGAUGAAUCCCACUAGACCUUGUUGAGGAUCAGUUUGAGGGGAAACGCCACUAAGUGAAGUUGGGGGGAGAGAGAGAGAGAGAGAGAGAGAGAGAGAGAGAGAGAGAGAGAGAGAGAGAGAGAGAGAGAGAGAGAGAGAGAGAGUACCCCAGAGAGAGGGAGAGCUUAUAUGUGAAGGAAGCUCCAUUGACGAGGGCGGCGCGAAUGAGCGUUCAGGAGGGAAUGUUCUGCAACACUACUUUCGAGGCGAGGGAAAAGGAGGGAGUGGCUGGGCGUGUUUGCAAUCUGACGAGUCCUACCAGAUUUUGUCGACGACCGGUUUGAGCGGAAACGCCACACAGGGAAGUUGGGAGGAGAGAGAGAGAGAGAGAGAGAGAGAGAGAGAGAGAGAGAGAGAGAGAGAGAGAGAGAGAGAGAAAAGUAAAGAGCGAGCGAGCGUCCUAGAGAGAGGGGGAGUUCUUACGUGCAGGAAGAAGAAGGUCCCUUGGGCGAAUGAGCGUCACGGAGAGAGAGAGAGAGAGAGAGAGAGAGAGAGAGAGAGAGAGAGAGAGAGAGAGAGAGAGAGAGAGAGGGAGAGUUGUUACGUGCAGGAAGAAGAAGGUCCCUUGGGCGAAUGAGCGUCACGGAGGGAAUAUUCUGGAAGACGAGCUUUGGGGCGAGGUAAGAGCAGGGAGUGGCUGGAUGUAGUGCAAGGUGAUGACGAGUCAUACCAGGUUUGGUCGAUGAUCUGUUUGAGGGCAAACGCCACUCAGAGUGUGAAAUAGGCCCGUACGUACGUACGGACUAAGGGAGAGGAAGAAAACGUUUUUUAGGCCAUGCUCACACAGAGUCACACUCUUUCUCUUUCCCCUAAACUAAAUGUAUCUGACUGCAAUUGCGGCCAAGGCUGGAGGAAUGUGACCGAAAUCACGUCCAGAGCUUAGUAAGAAAACUCCUCCCUCGUGUGUGAAAGCUUUUCUUUCAGAAAUGCGAUUCUAGGGUAAACUGGUUAAAGAUAAUGCUCAGAGACCACGGGAGUUCAGUAGCAGUUGUAUAUGAGAAAUCCUGUCUUUUCCUCCCUUUCUUUUGUUGUUUUUGUUUUUUUUUGGGUUUCUUUUCCUUUCCUUUGGAGAAGAAAUCAAUGCCGCUGUUUCUGUGUCUAUCGUGCUUAACGGAGAGAAGCGUGCGCGUUGAUUGCGUAACUGAUGUAAGGGAUGCUGGACCCGGUUUCCAGCGCUUUCAAUCAUCGUUGCUUGAUCUGUAAGAAAGAACAAAUAAACGACGGAAAGGCGGUGGUUGGCCUGUAGUGACGGCGGCGUAGUAAUAGAGACGUGAUUGCGGUCGGAUUCAUCACGUCGUCGUCGUUAAGUAGCACGUUUUCUGACGGGCGUAUAGUGGGAAAGAUAUAGACGCGUGCGUGCCUGCGUGCGCGCGUGAGAGAGUGUGGGAUGAUGUCGAGAACGCCUCUCACCUGUUCGACGCUGCUGCCUCAGCCGCCGCCGCCUGAUCAGAAGGAGAUUUCAACACUGGAAACGAAUGAGAAGGAGAAUCAAGCCGCCUCGAUUAUUCCGCCUGCGAAGAAGAGGAAGGCGGGAAGUGGGGGAAUCGGGAUUCCGUCAGACAUGACAACAACGGUGAAGCGGCAGACCCUAGCGGCCUCCUCCGUCAGGAGAGAGCUUUCGUCGGCUGUGAGCAGCUUGAGAGGGCGGGAGAUAAGUCCCUCCGUGUCGUCAGACCGCGGGUCAGAAUGCCCCGACGGCAAUUGGGAGGGAUUGACAUCGGUGAGAGAUUACGCGGACAAGUUGCUGAACGAGAAACACCCACCGAAAGCCAAGUACGACUUCAAGGGCAAGUGUGAGGUGUAUAUGGCUUACACGAAGCGACUGAAGCAAUGUAUACGAGAGAUGCAGCAGGUGGAGGAGGGGCAUAUUAUGGAGAAGGAGAAUCUUGAAAAGCAGAUGGCUCGUGAGGAGGCCAUUCAUGAGGAGACGCUUUCCAACCUCAAGCGCUCUCUCGAUGAGAUGGGAAAAGAGCGAGAGGCAUACGAGAACAAGAUUACGCUUCUGGAGAGGAGCCUCUACGCUGUUGAGAACGACAAAAGGGAGCUGACUCAGCUGACAGAGCAGGACGCCCACGAGCUGAGGAAGCUCAGGGAUCUUAACCUUCGAUUGGAUGAGGAUGGCAGCCGGGUGAGAGCAGAGUUGGUGGCGUCGAUCAAGCAGGUGGAGAACCUGCAGGAUGUGAAUAGACGCCUGCAAGAGUAUAAUACCAGUCUGCAGCAAUACAACAGCAAACUCCAGGGUGAUGCCGCGGCGGCGCAGGAGGCCCUGGCCGUCUCGCAAAGGGAGAAGGCUGCGGUCAUGGCCGAAAUCGGCAGUUUCAAGGGGAUGAACAUGGCCUUGCAGAGUCGACUGGAAUCGGCGCAGAGGGCAACGGAUGACCUAUCGCGGCAGCAAAAGGUGAUGCAGGAGGAGACGCGACGAACGCAGUUGGAGAUCCAGAGGCUGCUGGAAGAUCGUGAGCGCAAGGCGGAGGAGAACAAGGCACUGGCUUUGGAGAACGCGCGCUACAAGGACUGCACGGGGAAGUCUGCGGCAGAGCUGGAGCAGCUCAGCAUCAGAGAGCAGGCGCUGAAACAGAACUUCUUGAGUCAGAACGAAGUCAUUGCUGGGCUGAAACGACAACAGGAAGUGUUGAAGCAACAGCUGGAGUUGUCGGAGGGGGUAGCCGAGCAAAGACGAAUGGAGCUGGUGGAGUCGCACAGAAGAAUUGCUGAGCUGGAGUCCAAGCUGGCAGACACAGAGAUGCGGUUCCUCGAAGGUGAGCAGCUUCGCCGGAAACUGCAUAACACCAUUCAGGAGCUGAAGGGGAACAUCCGCGUGUUCUGCAGGGUGCGCCCCAUGCUCCCGGACGAAGAGGAAGACUCAUCAGACUCGCCUGGUCCUAUCCGCUUCCCGACCUCCGUUGAGCUGAUGGGCCGGGGCAUCGAGGUACAAGCGGAGAAGGGUCAGCAGUACUCCUUCACGUUCGACAAGGUCUUUGGCCCUGAAGUAGAGCAGUCUGUGGUAUUCGAAGAGCUGUCGCAGCUCGUUCAGAGCGCUCUUGAUGGAUAUAAGGUUUGCAUCUUCGCCUAUGGCCAGACGGGCUCAGGGAAGACCUAUACAAUGCUCGGCGCUACGGAACCGGACCGCCACAGAGGCAUGAUUCCGCGGUCACUAGAGCAGAUCUUCAUGACAAGCAAGGGGCUUGAGCAGCAGGGGUGGAGGUUCAGCAUGCAGGCCUCGAUGUUGGAGAUUCACAACGAGACCAUUCGGGAUCUUCUGUCGGCCGCCACAGCGAGGGCGAGCUGUGGGCUAGUGGACCUUGCUGCCGGUGGGAGCAAGCAGCAUGUAGUCAAACAUGAUGCGAAUGGGAACACCACAGUCACGGACCUGACGUUAGUUGAAGUGACAAGCUGGAGGGAGGUUGCAACGUUACUUGCGCGGGCGGCGCAGUACCGAUCGGUUGGGAAAACAGCGAUGAACGAGCGGUCUUCCAGAAGCCACUGCGUUUUCACGUUGAGAAUCACGGGGGUGAACGAUGGCACAGAACAGCAGGUCAACGGAGUGCUGAAUCUGAUUGACCUUGCGGGAAGUGAGCGGCUGUCGAGAAGUGGAGCGACCGGAGAGCGAUUGAAGGAGACCCAGGCAAUCAACAAAAGCUUAAGCUCGCUCGGCGACGUCAUCUCGGCGAUCGCCAACAAAGAAGCGCAUAUCCCUUACAGAAACUCCAAGCUGACGUAUUUGCUGCAGCCAUGCCUUGGGGGGGAUUCCAAGACUCUGAUGUUUGUGAACAUCGCGCCCGACAGACACUCAGAGGCAGAGUCGCUGUGCUCUCUCCGGUUUGCGGCGAAGGUGAACUCGUGUGAAAUUGGCGUUCCGCGGCGACAUGCAAGGCUUGCAGAGACGACGAAGAGAGACAGCUAGCUAGGCUAGGGUCGUUGCACGCCAAGUACAAGUAGAGGCUCUCGUGGAGACAAAAAUUGGGGCAAUUGUUUUGGAAAGGUGUGUGUGUGUGAGCUGCCACUCACACAGAGCUUACAGCGAUGACUGGCUUCAAAGAGGAAGGAAGGAAGGAAUCUCAGAGAGAGUACAAGCGAAGCUUCGCUUGUAGUCUGCAGGUGCUGUUCUCACUUGGCAUGCAGCCAGCAUGAUCCUAACUAACCCUCUCACUCUCCCAAACUGUUGGAUGUGCCAAAGAGGGGGUGCAUAAUGGCCCCCACCACCGGACUGUGGCUAUUUUGGGGAGGCCAUGUUUUAUUUAUCGAACGAUAUGAGAUGGGAUAGGGGCUGCGGAUGGAACUUUGUGAAUCUGCUGUGCACAGUCCAGUGAUGGAUGAUGGGCUGAGGGCUUGGGCAGAGAAUGCAGAGCAGCAGCUCCUGCUGUUUCGGACUUGGUCUGGCCAGGAUGAAAUCGCGGUCGUGGAAGCACUGUACACUGCAUACAUUCGCAUCUGGUACCCUUUAGUUCAUUCAUCAUAGUCAAGUACUGUCAACAUGGUAGGUGCCAUAACAGCCUAGCAAGCAGGAAUGGCUUUCCUGUGUCUUUCGUAGCUUGUAGAGACAGAGCAGAGUAGAGACAGAGCAGAGUAGAGGCAGAGCAGAGUAAAGGCAGAGCAGAGUGAAACUCUACUGCGAUGUCUUAGUCGACGUUGUACAGCUGUUGUGGCUCUCUCCUUCGUCUUCUCUAUUUUGUGAGGAGAGAGCAGAGUCGAGAAUGAGCAGAGUGGCUUUCCUGUGUCUUCUCUAUCUUGCGGAGGGAGACUGAGUAUGGUUGUGAAUGAGCAGUGUGAAACUCUACCGUGAUGCGCUAGUCAUUGUACAGCUGUCAUCUGCUCUGUGACAAGGCGUUAACUGUGUCUUAUCCGUUCCUGUGGCACAGAGAUCAGAGGGAAACUUCACUGAAAUUUCUGGGUUUGUUCCUUUCGAUCAUCGCCAGACGUUUUCGGGUCUUACUACAGUGGCGCCUUCGAACGCGGAAUGAGAAGGGGAAAAGAGUUCAAGAAUUAUGGUGUUGGGUGUGUCACUCGAUAGGAAGCGGCGAACGGGUGGGCGAUUAGUACAGCAUCUUCUGCUGUCGUUUGGUGCUUUCGUUGCAGAAGAAUUGAAUUCAUAGGGACGAUGCGCUGCCACUUCAAAUGCUAUAAAUAACUUAUUGGAACUCACUUUCUUGGCUUUCGUGAAGAUAGCCUCCUGCCGGCCUUCCUGCCUGUUGAGGGGGCAAACGGGCUCUCUGCGGUUUAGGAGACAUCGGCUUGGGAUUAACACAGCAUCUUCGGCUCGCUGUUGGUGGCUUUGCUGCAAAUCCGUAGCCACUGUGUUCUGCGCGGCCACUGAUUGCCAAAGGGCGUACUCGGCUUUCGUGAAGAUAGCCUCCUGCCUACCUUCCUGCCUGUUGAGGGCGCAAACGGGCUCUCUGCCGUUUAGGACGCAUCGGCUUGGGUUUAGCACAGCAUCUUCGGCUCGCUGUUGGUGGCUUUGCUGCAAAUUCGUAGCCACUGUGUUCUGCGCGGCCACUGAUUGCCAAAGGGCGUAAAUAUAUUUUUGCAACUGAGUUUCUCGGCUUUCCUGACAACAGCCUGCCCGCCUUUUGAGGAGGCGAAUGGCCUGCAGUUUAGGGGGGAUUGGCUGUUGUGUCUGGCCUAGCGGUGGUGUAAUCGGGUGAAAUGCCAAUGCUUCCUUCUCUUCCUCUCUCCAUAUGACAGGAAGGGCUUUAGGGACUCCUGCAGCGGAGAACAAGCAGGGCUAUGUUUACAAGAGGAAGAGAGAUGCGGCGGCUUAGGUGGCAGCGGUCCUCCCAGGGAUUAAGCAGUCGGAGGCAAGCAGGGAAUGACAGGGUGCUGAAUCUUUAACUAGGAGGAUGUGGACCGAGCAGCUCCCUUCUUUCUGAGAGUACUCAUUUGCUCAGCGAA